GACUAGACAUUCGGUCAUAGGAGCGGUGGAGGGGGGCGCUCGAGCCACGUCGGUAAAACAAAUCAACGCUUGAAGGCGGAUUACAAAGAGGCUGAGGAGACUAAUUGCGACAACCGCGGCUUCUUCUUUUCUUUCCCACAAAUAUCAGGUCGGGAGCGCAGAGAUUCGGCCCAGGCUGCCUGUCCUGUUGAUGCCGGAGAUCCAGGGCGAUGUCAACACCUGAUCCUCCCAUGGGGGGUACCCCCCGUCCGGGUCCAUCACCCGGUCCUGGCCCCUCCCCCAAUGCUAUGCUUGGCCCCAGCCCGGGUCCUUCCCCUGGCUCCUCUCACAGCAUGAUGGGGCCCAGCCCCGGUCCUCCUUCCUCGGGACACUCCCAGCCAGUACCCUCUGGAUAUGGCCCCGAAAACAUGCACCCUUUGCACAAACCCAUGGAGGGCAUGCAUGAGAAGAGCUUGUGUGAUGACAGUCGCUUCAGUCAGAUGAAGGGACUUUCGAUGAGACAGGGCGGGCACAGUGGUAUGGGCCCUCCACCCAGCCCUCUGGACCAACACUCACAAGGCUACCACUCUCCACUUGGUGGCUCGGACCACUCCAGCCCUGUCGCUUCAAAUGGCCCCCCAUCCGGUCCUCUUAUGCCAUCAACCUCCUCCUCAUCAUCUUCUGCAGGUUCUGGUUCUGCUUCAGCCUCUCUUGAUGGCCCCAAUGUAGAUCAACAUUCCUUGGGGCCUAAUAACCGGUCUGGACCUCCGGGGAAUUCUGGACCUGGCCCUAGCCCUGGGCCUAGCCUUGGCUCCAGCGUUCCCAGCCUCGGUUCUGGCCUUGAUGGUAGUGGCCCUGGAGGACCUGGUGGGCCGACUCCCUUUAACCAAAACCAGCUUCACCAACUCAGAGCCCAGAUCAUGGCGUAUAAGAUGCUCGCCCGAGGACAGCCCCUGCCGGAUCAUCUCCAAAUGGCUGUUCAAGGAAAAAGGCCGAUGCCAGGGAUGCAGCAGCAGCAGCCCAUGUCCAGUCUGGUUUCUGGAACUAGUGCAGGACCAGGAGGUGGUCCAACAGGACCCGGAUCAGGGCCUGGACCUAUGGGCUCAAGCUACAGUCGGCCUCAUGGCAUGAUGGGUCCCAACAUGCCUCCCCCUGGUCCUUCAGGGACCCCAGUUGGCAUGCAAGGACCGAAUCCCAAUGGACCCUCCAAGUCAUGGCCUGAAGGCCCCAUGGUGAAUGCAGCGGCCCCCUCCAACGCACCCCAAAAAUUGAUCCCUCCUCAGCCCACAGGCAGGCCUUCUCCUGCUCCCCCAUCAGUUCCCCCAGCUGCUUCCCCUGUAAUGCCCCCACAGACCCAGUCCCCUGGUCAGCCUGCUCAGCCUCCUCCCAUGAUGCCUUACCACGCCAAGCAGAACCGCAUUACCCCCAUCCAGAAACCCUGUGGUCUCGACCCUGUAGAGAUUCUGCAAGAGAGGGAGUACAGGUUGCAGGCUCGUAUUGCUCAUCGCAUUGCUGAAUUGGAGAACCUGCCUGGUUCUUUGGCGGGUGAUCUACGUACCAAAGCUACAAUAGAGCUCAAAGCUCUUCGUUUGCUGAACUUCCAGAGACAGCUGCGUCAAGAAGUAGUGGUGUGCAUGCGACGUGACACAGCUCUCGAGACUGCUCUGGAUGCCAAAGCCUACAAGCGGAGCAAGCGCCAGUCUCUGCGGGAGGCCCGCAUCACAGAGAAACUGGAGAAACAGCAAAAGAUUGAGCAAGAGCGCAAACGCAGACAAAAACAUCAGGAGUACCUCAACAGCAUUCUCCAGCAUGCCAAAGACUUCAAGGAGUAUCACCGCUCAGUCACGGGAAAGAUGCAGAAGCUGACCAAAGCCGUGUCCACCUACCACGCCAACACGGAGCGUGAGCAGAAGAAGGAGAAUGAGCGCAUUGAGAAAGAACGGAUGAGGAGGCUUAUGGCUGAAGAUGAAGAGGGCUACCGUAAACUGAUUGACCAGAAGAAGGAUAAGCGCCUGGCCUAUUUGCUGCAGCAAACUGACGAGUAUGUCGCUAACCUCACUGAGCUGGUACGAGCCCACAAAGCUGCACAGGCCCUCAAGGAGAAGAAAAAGAAGAAAAAGAAAAAGAAGAAGUUGGAGAAUGCAGAGGGUCAAACUCCUGCUCUUGGGCCGGAUGGAGAGCCCCUGGAUGAAACUAGCCAGAUGAGUGACCUGCCUGUAAAGGUCAUCCAUGUGGACAGCGGCAAUAUCUUGACGGGCGUGGAUGCUCCGAAGGCUGGACAGUUGGAAACAUGGCUGGAGAUGAACCCUGGUUAUGAGGUCGCUCCCCGCUCAGACAGUGAAGACAGUGAGGAGGAGGAAGAAGAAGAGGAAGAAGAAGAGGAGCCUCAACCUUCAUCAGCUCCAGUGGAAGAAAAGAAGAAGAUUACGGACCCAGACAGCGAAGACGUGUCAGAAGUGGAUGUCCGACAUAUCAUUGAAAACGCUAAACAGGAUGUGGACGACGAGUACAGUGGUGCAGCGUUCGCUCGAGGGCUCCAGUCGUAUUAUUCUGUGGCCCAUGCCGUCACAGAGAAGGUGGAGAAACAGUCUACUUUACUGAUAAAUGGACAGCUUAAACAAUAUCAGAUUAAAGGUCUGGAAUGGCUAGUUUCUCUUUACAAUAAUAAUCUGAAUGGGAUCCUGGCUGAUGAGAUGGGUUUGGGAAAAACCAUCCAGACGAUUGCUCUUAUCACCUACCUCAUGGAGCACAAGCGGCUCAACGGACCCUACCUCAUCAUUGUCCCCCUCUCAACUUUGUCCAACUGGGUGUAUGAGUUUGACAAGUGGGCACCAUCGGUCGUUAAAGUGUCCUACAAAGGGUCUCCUGCUGCUAGAAGAGCCUUUGUCCCCCAGCUGCGAAGCGGCAAGUUUAAUGUUUUACUCACCACUUACGAGUACAUCAUCAAGGACAAACAAGUACUGGCCAAGAUUCGAUGGAAGUACAUGAUUGUGGAUGAAGGCCACCGCAUGAAGAACCACCACUGUAAGCUGACCCAGGUUCUAAACACCCACUACCUCGCUCCGAGGAGAGUGUUGCUGACCGGGACGCCAUUGCAGAACAAACUACCUGAACUGUGGGCGCUCCUCAACUUCCUGCUGCCCACCAUUUUCAAGAGCUGCAGCACAUUCGAGCAGUGGUUCAACGCCCCGUUUGCAAUGACUGGAGAGAAGGUGGAUCUUAAUGAAGAGGAGACAAUCUUGAUUAUUCGUCGCCUGCACAAAGUGCUCCGCCCCUUCCUGCUGCGAAGGUUAAAGAAAGAAGUGGAGGCUCAGCUUCCAGAAAAGGUGGAGUAUGUCAUCAAGUGUGACAUGUCGGCUCUUCAGAGGGUCCUGUACCGGCACAUGCAGGCCAAAGGGGUCCUGCUCACUGACGGAUCCGAGAAAGACAAGAAGGGUAAAGGAGGCACAAAAACUCUGAUGAACACCAUCAUGCAGCUGAGGAAGAUCUGUAAUCAUCCAUAUAUGUUCCAGCAAAUUGAGGAAUCUUUCUCUGAGCAUUUAGGAUUCUCUGGUGGAAUAGUCCAAGGUCCUGACCUUUAUCGAGCUUCAGGAAAGUUUGAGGUGCUGGAUCGCAUCCUGCCAAAGCUGAGGGCCACAAACCACAAAGUGCUGCUCUUCUGCCAGAUGACCACACUCAUGACCAUCAUGGAGGAUUACUUCGCCUACCGCAACUUCAAGUAUCUGCGUCUGGACGGCACAACAAAGGCUGAAGACCGAGGAAUGCUGCUGAAGACAUUUAAUGAACCGGGGUCAGAGUACUUUAUUUUUCUGCUGAGCACAAGAGCCGGCGGUCUCGGCCUCAACCUGCAGUCUGCAGACACUGUGAUUAUUUUUGACUCAGAUUGGAACCCCCAUCAGGACUUACAGGCUCAAGACAGAGCCCAUCGCAUCGGCCAGCAGAACGAGGUGCGAGUGCUGCGCCUCUGCACCGUCAACAGCGUGGAAGAGAAAAUUCUGGCAGCCGCCAAGUAUAAAUUGAAUGUGGACCAGAAAGUCAUCCAGGCCGGCAUGUUCGAUCAGAAAUCCUCCAGCCACGAGCGCCGGGCCUUCCUGCAGGCCAUCCUGGAGCACGAGGAGCAAGACGAGGUCUGGGGUCAAGAGCUUGUGAAUGAGGAGGACGAGGUGCCGGACGAUGAGACCGUCAACCAAAUGAUCGCCAGGAGCGAAGAGGAGUUUGAGCAGUUCAUGCGCAUGGACCUGGACAGGCGUCGCGAGGAGGCUCGUAAUCCUCGGCGAAAACCUCGUCUGAUGGAAGAGGACGAGCUUCCCACCUGGAUCAUGAAGGACGAUGCUGAAGUUGAGCGUCUGACCUGCGAAGAGGAGGAGGAAAAAAUGUUUGGGCGAGGUUCUCGACAGCGCAAGGAGGUGGACUACAGCGAUUCACUGACAGAGAAACAGUGGCUCAAGGCAAUUGAGGAAGGCACACUUGAAGAGAUGGAGGAAGAAGUGCGUCACAAAAAGACAACCCGAAAGAGGAAGAGGGACCGUGAUCUGGAUCUCCCAGGACCCUCGUCUUCCUCUGGGAGCCGGGGACGAGGCGACAGAGAUGAUGAUGGGAAGAGACAACGGAAGAGGGGAAGACCGCCAGCUGAGAAACUCUCCCCCAACCCUCCGGGCCUCACAAAGAAAAUGAGGAAAAUAGUGGAUGCUGUCAUCAAAUAUAAAGACAGCACCAGUGGGCGUCAGCUCAGCGAGGUUUUCAUCCAGCUGCCGUCUCGAAAGGAACUGCCCGAGUACUACGAGCUGAUCCGCAAGCCAGUGGACUUCAGGAAGAUCAAGGAGAGGAUUCGAAGCCACCGCUACCGCAGUCUGGGUGACCUGGAGAGAGACGUCAUGCUCCUCUUCCAAAACGCUCAGACCUUCAACCUGGAGGGUUCCCUGAUAUACGAAGACUCCAUCGUGCUGCAGUCAGUGUUCACCAGCUUGAGGCAGAAGAUCGAGAAGGAGGAGGAAAGCGAGGGAGAGGAGAGCGAUGAGGAGGAGGAAGAGCAGGAAGACGGAUCGGAGUCAGAAUCUCGCUCAGUCAAAGUGAAAAUCCGCUUGAGUCGAAAGGAUAAAGGUGGAGAUCGAGGAAAGGGGCGCAGCAGGCGAACAGGACGCACCCGGGCCAAACCGGUCGUCAGUGAUGACGACUCCGAGGAUGAACAGGAGGAGGAGCGCUCAGCCAGCGGCACUGAUGAAGAGGCUUGAACUACACCAGGGGCUUAAAGAGAAGGAGGCACACAUGGAUUUUCCAACAAGUCAAAAAACAAAUAACCAUAUAAACAAGCCACAGUCAGCUCCAUCCACCCUCAGUCAAACGACACCUGAAAGAAAGGGCGAUAGAUGAGUUAAGUAUAAUUUCUGAGCUGAAAAAGCCUGGAAAUAAAUGAAUCUGUUAUCACAGUUGCAGAAUCUGAUUGUGAGAAAUUAGGAAAAGUACAACUUUUAAUUUGAAAGCAUUUAUUGGGGAAGAGUCUCGUGUUAAGAAAUAAUUGUUUUUAGGUCCCCAGGGUAUAAAUAUAACAUACAACUGAGGUAUUUUUCCGUCAGCGACUCUUGAAAAAGGGAAACACUAAGAAUCAUGCUGUGCAAUCACGCUGUUUCUUCAUAAGUGAUGAAAAUGACUAGAAAAAAAAUAAGCACUCAGCUCAAAUCUUCCCAUAUCUGCAAUCAGAGUUCUAGCAAAAAAGUUUAAAACGGUAGUGACCAACAAGGCUAGAUGAGGACCCGUGUUUAUGUUGCCAAGAGACGGACGUUAGAGGAGGGAAUGAAAAUUGGUCCCAACUCAGAGGUAGAAAAGGCUUAGGGUUAGAAAAUUGCAACUGCAAUAAGAGAUAUUAUAUAUUAGAUUACAUUUCUGUAAAUCAGUCACAGUCUGCACAGGUGAGGCUAAAUACAUUAUGCAGGAGGGCUUAAUGUAAUGCUGAUAUUUUAGACAGAUUCUUUAAAGAGCUUCACAAUCAUCAAGCAGGAUAACCAUGUCUAAACGGGGGAUUUUUGGCAAAACGUUAGAAGCUUAGAAGCUACUGUUUCCCUCGGCAGAAGGAUGCAGCCGCCAGUCUGGUUCAUUAGGUGACGCCCAGUGAGUUCAGUUAAACAUGAUUGUGAAAGCACACAUGGUGCCACCUGCACUCAGCAGUGCUAUGGUAGAGGAAGCGAUGUGCAACUGCUAAAAUUUAUUAUAAGCUAUAAAAAUACUGACAUCAUGUUUUUUUUUUAAAUCCUUUUAAGGAUAUUGUGAUCUGGUAUUAUCUUUAUAACGUUAGCAGGAUGUGAUCUUAAUUGUUUUGAUGUUUUUUGUAGGUUUGUUUUAUGCUUGUCAUCCUUUACUUGUAGGUAUUUCUGACUUUAGUUAUAGGAAUAUUUAAAUAUGGAUCAUAUUUAAUUCAAAUUUUACAAAAACUGUGAAGCACUCAUUUAUUUUACUUCUAAUCUUUGUAAUUGAUAUCAUGUGAUUGUGCACACUUCUAAUGUUAAUUCAACUAUAGUUAUUGAGUUUUUGCUGCUUUUUCACAAACAAUUUUUUUUCUUUAUUGCUCACUGCAGACUGAAACUCUUGCUGUCUGUUUUUUUAUUUAUUGAGGUAAAUACAGCAUUAUUAUUCUGUGUUAUGGAAUGUUCCUAAUUGAUUUAUUAAGCUUGUAAAGCAGAAUUGAAAAGUCUAGUUAAAAUUCUGUCUAUCCAGAUCACUAAAGAUUGUUGAAGAUUUUUAUGUUUCCUCAAGCCAAUAUUUAAGGUUUUCAGAAUUUUCUUUUUUUGCAGAAUUUCUAAAAAAAAAAAAAAAAAAAAAAAAGAACAACUUCCACACUUCCAUGAGGAAUUAAACCUUUUGAGGAUUGAAGUAAAAUCAAGUCAACACCAAUGAAUGUAAACAGAAAAUGAGUGCAGAUAAAACGAGCGCAUCUUAACAACCCAGCCUGGAGAACAUAAACAAACCUGACCCUUGAAUCAGUCUUCAGCCAUGUGCUGUAGCCGUGUUUGGCCCCUCCGGAGCCACCGGGAUUAGCAGAUCGGGUGUAAAUCAGGUGUUUGUUGUCGUCGGAGCUGGAGAGCGAAGCUGCUGUGGGUGCGAUGUGUUCAACAACCCACCAGGGUUAUUAGACUGAGGCUUAAUGGAGCUGAGGUUACAGCAUAAAAAACAAUCCAGCUGCUGCUUCACCGAUACCUAUUAAUGGUAGACUUGAAUAAUUUUUAGUUUGUAUGAGUACUGUAGCUUUAAUUGUCUCUUCUUCAGUUGUUGCGUAGUGAUUUUAGGACUUCAGAGCUGUUUGGGGGAAGGGUUUGCACUUUUUUUUUCUCUUUUCAAGACAAAGGACCAGGGGGACAGUGGCUCCUCUCUGCUUGAGACUCCCUCAUUCGAGGCUGUAUGGUGUUGGAUAUACUGUGAAGACUAUUUAUAGAGUAUAAUGUCAGUGCACGUAUGUACAGCUUGCAACUCAUGUACUGUAACUUUUUCCUCAUCCCCAUAGGUAACCAGAGUGAACCAAAGCAUCACUGUUUCCUCCACUGAGUUAACAUGUGUCUGUGCUGUGCUGUAUUGCUGUUGCUCAUACUUAUAUAAAACAAUAAACUGUUGACAUUGUG